GCCCCAGUGCGCAAUGGCUCCGGACUCCGAUCCUUGCCCUGAAGGGCCGCUCUUGCAGCUGCUACCCCCAGACGCUAAGGACCGGGGUACCCAGCGCUGUCGCCUCGGGCCCGCCGCCCUCCGCGCCUUGGGCGCGCGCUUGGGCUCGGCGGUGAAGGUCUCUCUGCCUGAUGGGGGCUCCUGCCUCUGCACCGCCUGGCCGCGGCGGGACGGAGCGGACGGCUUCGUGCAGCUGGACCCGCAGUGCGCGAGCCCGGGGGCGGCCGUGGGCGCGCGGGGCGCUCAGGGGCGCCUGAGCCUCAGCCGCCUGAGCCUGGUUCCCUGCCCGCCGCUCCGGCGCCUCACGGUGUGGCCGGUGUUUCGCGAGCCGGAGCGCGCGCCCUGCGCCCGGGACACAGCCGCGGUGCUGGAAGCGGCGCAGGAGCUGCUCAGGAACCGCCCGGUCUGCCGCGGGCACGUGGUGGCCGCCCCGCCCGGCGCCCCCGGCCCGCUGGCCGCCCUGCACAUCCUCGGCGGGGCCCCCAGCCCGGACCCCGCGGGGCUGGUGACGCCGCAGACCAGCCUCGCGCUCAGCGACGCGCCUCUGGAGGAGCCCGAGCGGCUGCCGGAGGCGCCCUUGGGGGGCCUGGCGGAGGCGGCCGACGCGCUGCGGGAGCUGCUCAGCCUGCCGCUGCGCUACCCCCGCGCCCUGGCGGCGCUCGGGCUGCCCGUGCCCCGCGGGGUGCUCCUGGCCGGGCCCCCGGGAGUGGGCAAGACCCAGUUAGUGCGCGCCGUGGCCCGGGAGACGGGCGCUGAGCUGCUGGCGGUGAGCGCCCCCGCGCUGCAGGGCGCGCGGCCCGGGGAGACCGAGGAGAAUGUGCGGCGCGUCUUCCAGCGCGCAAGGGAGCUGGCCCGCCGCGGGCCCGCCCUCCUCCUCCUGGACGAGCUGGACGCCCUGUGUCCCCGGCGGGGGGGCGCGCACCGAGCCCCGGAGAGCCGCGCGGUGGCCCAGGUGUUGACGCUGCUGGACGGCCUCGGUGGGGACCGUGAGGUGGUGGUCGUGGGGGCCACCAACCGGCCCGACGCGCUGGACCCGGCGCUGCGCAGACCCGGGAGGUUUGAUCGAGAGGUUGUCAUUGGAACUCCCACACUUAAACAAAGAAAGGAGAUUCUGCAAGUGAUUACCGCAAAGAUGCCAAUUUCCAGUCAAGUUAAUUUGAGCCUCCUUGCAGAAAUGACAGUUGGCUAUGUUGGUGCCGACCUGACAGCACUCUGUAGGGAGGCUGCCAUGCAUGCUUUGCUUCAUAGUGAGAAGAACCAGGAUAAUCCAGUGAUUGAUGAAAAAGACUUCCUUGAAGCUUUUAAAAAGAUUCAACCCUCAUCUUUUCGAAGUGUUGUUGGACUGAUGGAUAUUAAGCCUGUUGACUGGGAGGAGAUUGGUGGCCUAGAAAAUGUAAAACUGAAGUUAAAACAGAGCGUUGAGUGGCCUCUCAAAUACCCUCGGGAAUUUGUUAGGAUGGGCCUGACACAACCAAAGGGAGUUCUUCUGUACGGUCCUCCUGGAUGUGCUAAAACCACACUGGUGCGGGCCCUGGCUACAAGCUGUCAUUGCUCUUUUGUUUCAGUGAGUGGAGCUGAUCUCUUUUCACCUUUUGUUGGAGAUUCAGAAAAAGUCUUGUCCCAGGUUUUUCGACAAGCAAGAGCAAAUACUCCUGCAAUUGUGUUUUUGGACGAAAUUGAUUCAAUCUUGGGAUCUCGAUCAGUUGACAGAACAGACUGUAAUGUUCAAGAUCGUGUUCUUUCUGUUCUCCUGAAUGAAUUAGAUGGUGUUGGAUUUAAGACUACAGAGAGAAGAGGAAGUAAAUCAGACCGACAGGGUAAACAUAAGGAGCUGAAAAAAAAUGAAGAGUUAGAGUGUCAAGAAAUUUUUAAUCGUAGCGUCAUGAUUGUUGCGGCAACAAACAGACCUCAUGUGUUAGAUGAUGCCUUGUUACGACCUGGAAGAUUAGAUAAGAUUAUAUAUAUUCCACCUCCUGAUGAAAAGGGCAGGCUUUCUAUUUUGAAAGUCUGUACAAAAAAUAUGCCAGUUGGGCCUGAUGUUUCCUUAGAAAACCUUGCAGCAGAAACCUGUUUUUUCUCAGGAGCUGAUCUUAGAAACCUCUGCAAAGAAGCUGCCUUGUUGGCUCUGCAAGAAAAUGGACUAGAUACAACCACAGUGACACAGGAACAUUUUCUAAAAUCACUUAAGACUGUAAAGCCAUCUUUAAGUCAGAAAGAUUUGACUUUAUAUGAAAAUUUAUUUCAGAACCAAGUAUUUUCUAACUUAGAGGAUAUUUAAAAACAACUUACAUUCCUUAUAUUCCUGCUCACAGAUUGAGAAUUGAACUUGCGCUGUAGUUUUGCAUCUUAACCCUUUUGGAGUUCAUGUGUAGUCCCUGUAAAUUAAAAAAGCUUGUGCCUGAUAAACUAAGUUUCAUCUUAUUUCUAAAAGAUAUGUUGAAGUGUCAUAACUUAGGAAGAAAAUGUAUAUAUAUGUAUGUUGAUUUUGUAUUGGUGGUAGUAGUAGUUUUUGGUUGAUUGCUUUUUUAAACUUUAUAUUGAAACAAUCUCAUCCUUACAGAAAAAUUUCAAAAAUAGUACCAAAAACUCAUGUACUCUUAAUCCAAACUUACCAGUUUUGAACAUUUUGCGCUAUUUUCUGUCUCUCUGCUUAUAUACACAAUAGUGUUUUUCUGAACUAUUUUAAAAAUAGAUUUUACACAUCAUGCCCUUUUACUUCAAUACUUUGAUGCAUAUUUCUUACAAAUGAGGCUAUUUUCUUAUAUGCCCAUAUGCAGUUAUCAAAUUCAGGAAAUGUAACAUUGAUAUAUAUUUUAAUCUGUCAUCCAAUGAAUUUCAUCCAUUAUUCCAAUAGUAAUUUUUUUCCCCAUGACAGAUCCAGUGUAGGAUUAUACAGUCCCUUUAGUUGCCAAGUCUGUAGCUUCAUUGAAUCCAAAACAGUUCCUCACUCUUUCCUGACCUUGACAUUUUUUUAAGAAUACAGAAUCUGGGCCUCUCUGCUGGCCUAGGAGUUAAGUCUCAGCACUAUCACCACAGCCUGAGUUAGAUCCCCAGCCAGGGUACUAACCCACAUAUGGCUCAGCAGACUUCUCCUGUCUCCAGCUCACUGCUCCCCUCAGCAGUGUAUUCCAGUAAAUCUGCCUGGUUUGCUCCCUACUCUGUCUCUGGUGAAUCCUCUCACCCCCUGCAUCUUUGGCCUAUGCCCCAGCUCUUCUGUGCAAUCAAUCAAUAAAUCUUUAAAUAAAACAGUAAAGAGAAUAUUGUUGACUUUAAAAAAAAUACAGAAUCUAGAACAGUUGGUCCCUGAUUUGUGUUUAUGUGAUGUUGCCUUGUGAUAGGUGCAGGUUAGCCUUCACCAGUGGAGACGUCAUCAGAAACACAGCUGAAGGCACCCAUGGGACAUCUGCACAAUAUUGGUGAUGUUGAUUUGGAUUACUUUGUUUAUGGUAUUGUCCAUUUUCUCCACUGUUUACUGUUUUUCCGUUUGUAAGUGUAAAGUAAUUUUAAGGAGAUAGAUUAUAUGUCUGUUUUUCCUUUAUAACAAGGGUAAUUAGAAUGCUAAAAAAUAAAUAUGAAGAAAACACUUGGAUAUUUAACUUUCUGGUCCCUUCUCAUAUGGAGAUAUUU